AGGUACAAGCAGGGGCGGACUGACCAUUUGGAAACUUGGGCACUGCCCGAGGGCCCGGGGUCAGUAGGGGGCCCCAUGAGAUGCCCCUGGUACCUUUUUCAUAGGCUUUUAUGAGUUUGGGCAAGGACACAGGGGCCCCAUGAUCCCCUAAUGCCCAGGGGCCCCAUGAGUUGUCAAUCCACCCCUGGGUACAAGUAUGCAUCUAAAGUGGAGCAGCUUUAGCCACCCUAGGACAGCACCACUGCAGAUUGUAGUGUCAAAUG